UAUCAAUCAAGUAUACUUUAAAUGGAAAAACAACAAAUUCCAAGAUUGAUAGAUUAACAUUUAGACUAAUAAUCAAACGUCGGUUUCCCGUUGGAUGGUACGUCCCUUUGCGAACCGGACCCGGAACCAAAGUUAUCCUCGAGUUUACGGGGGUGACCAUUUAUUGAAGCAACGGAGAUAAGUGUCAGGAGCGUGGAAGGACAUUGCUAGAAGCAAACAUGUAUAGAUAUUUAUUCCGGACUAUUUUCACAGCUCGAAAUUCUUCAGUCAGUGUCUUUGAGUCGAGUGUUUUACCAGCUAAAUGCGACAAGGCUGCAGUUUUCAGGAUUGCAAAUGGAUGUGGAGUCAAAGCCAUCAGCACAAGUUCAGUCAGGCUCUGUGAAAACAAAGACAAUGUUGUCCUCUCUAAACACAAUGAGAAAACAAAUGCAGAUGAGAAGGCUGACCCAGCAGAGAGUCCGACUUUGGCUCCACAGAAAGCUGAAGAUGACAGCAAAGUCAUCAAGAUGACCGAACAAAGGGAGGAGCCGGUGGUGUUAAAGACGGAGGAUGGAAAUGAACAGAAUGUGGCAGAGCCAAAAAAAGAAAACACAGCAGCUAAGAGUGGGAAGGAGGGUCUCCUUGUACUUCUUGGAGCCAUGAAGGUGGAAGUUACCAGUAAGAGGAAGCUCAACCUCUUGAAAGAGAAGCAGAAUUAUGCAUUAAACCCCAAAUUAAAGCCAGCCGCUAUGGAGAGCACCAUCAGUAUGUUUCAGAAGGUGUCGGAGGAGGCUUCAUCAAAUAUUAAAACCCUGGACCCUGAACUGGUAGCAGCCGCAUCUGCUGCUGCCUCCACCCUGCCUAACAGCAGCCAGGCUGAGUCUGAGCUGCUGCAGCAACUGAGGCAGCACGAGGCCAUCACUGAUGCUCAGAGCAAAGGGGACAUGAGCAACCUCGGAGGAAUUAUUGCUGACAUGAAAGUGGCAAAGAAACCCCAGCAACAGAAGGCCCGGGGGCCUAAUCCUAUCUACUUUGAUGAAGACGGGCGAGAAAACACACCAAAGGGAGGAAUCACUGCUGAGCUGGAUGGUGUUUGGAAAAGGAGGAUCUUGCUCAGUGGGAAAAGACUUAACAUCUUCUCCCCCACUACUGACAAAGAUGUUGAAUCAACACCUGCACGACCAACUUUAUGGGACGUGGACUUUGCUAAUCAGUUGUCUAUGUCAAUUGACCACAUGCCCCGCAAUGGGCUCGAGGAGAUGAUCCAGUGGACAAAAGAGGGGAAAAUGUGGUCGUACCCAAUCAAUAAUGAAGAUGGCUUGGAGGAGGAAGCCAGCGUCCCAUUCCAUGAGCAUAUCUUCUUAGAGAAACACCUGGAGGAGGGUUUCCCCCGCCAGGGACCAGUGCGCCACUUCAUGGAGCUGGUGGUGGCCGGUUUGUCCAAAAACCCCCACCUGACUGUCCAACAGAAGAAGGAACACAUUUCCUGGUUCAGAGACUACUUCCAUCAAAAAGAGGACGUCCUAAAGGAGGCUGAUAUUCAUCUAAAUUAAACAUCGGACAAUUUAAUACUUUUCCAGCAUUUGUUCAGUGUGAACAAACAAAAGGAAGACCCAUUUUCUCAGCACGAUUUCACAACCAUGAAUAUCAUUACCCAUACAGUUGAACAGGUUCCAACAGAACCCUGUUUAGAUUUCUUGACUCUUCCAUGAGGCCUGGCAGAGCAGACUGGUAUAAAGUCUGUGUCACAGUGUCAAACAUUGUACAGUAUCUACUGUUUGUAAAAUGUUGAUCAGACCAGAGAAUCUCUGUUUAAUCACUUCAACACUGGCAUGUCACACCGUGGAGGAAAACUAUACAGGAAGAAUGUGAAAUUUUGAUGACAGAAGUGCGUGUACAAAGUAUACAAUCAAUAUAAAGCAGUAAAGAUACAGUCAUGGCUUUUUGCGUAUUUCAGUCGCCUAAAUCUAUCACUGGUCAUUUGUUUACACUGUAAUUGCGUAGACCAAUUCUAAUACAGGCAGUUAACAGGCUACAUUGUGUUGCUAGUGGAGUGAUACAAUUAUAUAAAGAGACAUUUUGAAUUUAA